UAUCAUUAUUUUAUUAUAUUGUAAAAUUACCAUAACCGUGGUUCAGAGUUCAUACUAUUUUAACCACAAUAAGUAUUUUUAACCGUGGUAGAAACAACUAUACAUCAUACCUAUUUUAGUAACAUCCCUGUCGAUUUUAUUUGCAAAGUCAUUAUUCAGUACAUUUACAUGCAUAUUAGCAUAUUUAUUAUUUUGUAAAUUAUAACUUUAUAAGUAGAUAUUACCUAUAAAUUACUUAUUCGUGACUUACUGACUUCGUGAGCGUGAAGGCUUAACCUCACUAAUCCCAAUAAAAAUUAAAAAUCAUGUUCCGCUUCCACAAAUUCCGUCCAAGUAUUUUACAGAGUCAAGUUUUGCAUUUUCGUGGUAAAAAGGAUGUAAUURAAAAACAAGAUGAAUCCAAACAGCAAAAAUCAGAUUGCGUGUGUAUAUGCCCACCACCAGUUCAUUACAAAAUACUCACUAUGGAUGAUAUGCAAGUGCCAUAUGGUGAUUGGAAAGAACAAUAUCAAAAAAAGAACAGAAAAUACAAUUUAAUAUUCUUGUUUGGUUUGGCUUCAUUGAUUGGCUCUGUGACAGUUCUAACUAAAUCUACGUUUUUUAAUGCAUUUCCACCUCCUUAUCCCUUUGAUAAAGAAGAUAUAUUUGAAUGCGGUGAUGAUGAUGAAGACUGUGAGCUUGAAUUGCAAUGUGAAUGUGAAUGUUAACAUGAAAAUGUUGGCUAUAUCUAUUAAUUUUUUUAUUGCUAUCUAAAUAAACAUUUUAAUACUAAGAUUUAUUUUAU